AUGAUUCGAACUUUAGGUUUGGAUGUGCAAUUGAAUUAUAUUGAAAAUGGUUUUGUCAAUUUAUAUUCUGUUAAAUUUCCUUAUCGAAUUAACAGUAGCAUUUCUUAUGUGCAAUUUUCAUGGAAUACAAAAGUUGUUAAUCGAUCGGUGCAUUAUACAAUACGAAUAAUAACAUAUGACAAUAGUGUGACACCAUUACUUCGAAUACCGUCCACUGGAAAAGUUCCAUUAAAAAUAGAAACAUUUAACAUUGAAUAUCGAUGUGUAGGAAUUAAAACUGGCAAAUUCGAUAUUCAGGUUAAUUUCAUUUUUGAUUGGCCUUCCAGUACGAAUCAAACAAAAGUUUCAUUAAAACAUGAAAAACUCUGUUUGGCUCAAACAUUACGUGGUACUUACGUCGGUAAGUAA